AUGGCAGAAGGUAGAGACGGAAAAUCGCGCCGCAGAAAGUCAAAGGCGGGGCAUUCUAAGUCCCGCCGCCGCAGAACUGUGGCCAAGGCUGUGGAUCUUGAGGACAAGUUCGAUGUCAAGAAACUCUUCCAGGAGAAGUCUGCCUUGAGUGAAAUAACUUCCACUGAGCUUCAGAAUGCUAAGAAGGCUCUUUAUCAGGCGGCCAAAACAGCUGUUCGCGCUCGCCGAGUCGAUCCAGCCAAAUCCACCGAAGCGGCCAAAAAACUCAAUGCGAAGGCGAAAGAAAUCAAAAAUGCUGCUGAUGGAAUCUACAAGAACUCUAAAGCCAAUAAGAAGGCAGCACUCAAGUUGAACAAGACGUUAAAAAAACACGCCUCAGAUAUUGAUGGAUCGGUCCUUUCUGGCGAAGCAGAUGUCCCCGUUGAUCCCGUUGAAGCAUCUCAAGAGGCCGCAGAGCUUUCAAAAACUGCUGCCGCAAUUGCCGAGCAAACUGCAAAAGUCACCGCUGAUCCAAACGAGGAAUCCGUCACUGACGGCCCUGAACUCGCCAAGGAAGCAUUCAAGACUGCUAAAGCCAAGGCUCAAACCUCCAUCAAGCGAGCAAAGGCUGGAGCGAACAACUAUCUCAAUCUCUUGGAAAAGAGCAUCAAUGAUUUGAAAAACAACGGCGAGAAGUCACUCAAGCAGCUUGCUAAAGCGACCAAGGACAAGAACGAUGGAAGCUGCUUAACUUCUGUCAAGGAAGGAUUCAACGAGCUGGCGGAUAAAGUUGAGGAUGCGCUUGAAGAUGCUGAGGAGGAAGCGAGAAAGCUCCUCGGUGAAGCCAAGGAAUCCCUCGAAGAAGCCACUAACGCCGGCCUCGAUGUCAUUUCCGACAUAACCGGAGCUGCAGCUGAAGCAACUGGCGCCGACACCACUGAUGGCGGCGCUCUUUCUUCCUGCAAAGAAAAGAUCAACGCUUGCAAAGAACAAGUGGAAGACAAACUCGAAGAUGUUCAGGAAGCAAUUGAAUCCGUCGCCGAACACGCCGCUAACGCUGUCGAUGAGCUUGGUGAUCUUUUCGAAGAAUCCGCGGACAAGGUCGCCGAGGCGGGAGAGCAAGCCCUCGCUGCAGUUGAGAAUCAAAUCCAAGCGGAUGGAGGAGCCUGGUCUUCUCUCCAAGCGAGCUGCGCAAAAUGCACCGCUGAGACUCGAGAAGCCAUUGAUGAGCUCGCUCAGGAUGCUCAGGAGUUGGUCAAGGAUAUUGAAUCUGAGGUCAAAGAUGCGCUCAAUCUCGAUGAUGAUAAUGAGGAGCCUGAAGCUGAAGCUGAUCCUGCUGCUACUGCAUAA